AGGAGCCUUGGAUAUCGCCAGCCUGGAAAGACUUGUUGGGUGGCACGAACUUUGAGGUGUGGGCGGCGGGAGUCGCGCCGCGGGGGAAGGCAGACGGGCGGGCCUGCCGGGGUCCUAGCGGGUCCUCGGCGGGCCCGGGGGAGGACCCUCUUUGUGGCUGCAGUUGGCAAGAUGGCGCCGGUGGGGGUGGAAAAGAAACUGCUGCUGGGCCCCAAUGGGCCUGCGGUAGCGGCCGCCGGUGACCUGACCAGUGAGGAAGAGGAAGGCCAGAGCCUAUGGUCCUCGAUCCUGAGCGAAGUGUCCACUCGUGCCAGGUCGAAGCUGCCGUCCGGCAAGAACAUCCUGGUUUUCGGUGAAGAUGGUUCUGGUAAAACAACUCUCAUGACUAAACUACAAGGAGCUGAGCAUGGCAAAAAAGGAAGAGGCCUAGAGUAUCUCUACCUCAGUGUCCACGAUGAGGACCGAGAUGAUCACACACGCUGCAAUGUGUGGAUUUUGGAUGGAGAUCUAUACCACAAAGGCCUGCUGAAGUUUGCAGUUUCUGCUGAAUCCUUGCCAGAGACCCUGGUCAUUUUUGUUGCAGACAUGUCUAGGCCUUGGACAGUGAUGGAAUCUCUACAGAAAUGGGCUAGUGUUUUACGUGAGCACAUUGAUAAAAUGAAAAUUCCACCGGAAGAAAUGAGGGAGCUAGAACGAAAAUUUGUAAAAGAUUUUCAAGAUUAUAUUGAGCCUGAAGAAGGUUGUCAAGGCUCCCCACAGAGGAGAGGCCCUCUAACCUCAGGUUCGGAUGAAGAAAAUGUUGCCCUGCCUCUGGGUGAUAAUGUGCUGACUCAUAACUUGGGGAUCCCAGUGUUGGUGGUGUGUACAAAGUGUGAUGCAGUAAGUGUCCUGGAAAAGGAGCAUGAUUACAGGGAUGAGCAUUUGGACUUCAUCCAGUCACACCUGCGGAGGUUCUGCCUCCAGUAUGGAGCUGCCUUGAUUUAUACAUCAGUGAAAGAAGAGAAAAACCUUGACUUGUUGUUUAAGUAUAUUGUUCAUAAAACAUACGGUUUCCACUUCACCACACCUGCCUUAGUUGUGGAAAAGGAUGCUGUUUUUAUACCUGCAGGCUGGGACAAUGAAAAGAAAAUAGCUAUUUUACAUGAAAAUUUCACAACUGUGAAGCCAGAAGAUGCAUAUGAAGAUUUUAUUGUGAAACCUCCAGUGAGAAAGCUGGUUCACGACAAAGAGUUGGCAGCUGAGGAUGAGCAGGUGUUCCUAAUGAAGCAACAGUCACUCCUUGCCAAGCAGCCAGCCACGUCCACAAGAGCCUCCGAAUCCCCUGCAAGAGGACCUUCUGGCUCUCCAAGGACCCAGGGCCGGGGAGGACCUGCUAGUGUGCCUAGUGCCUCUCCAGGCACAUCAGUAAAGAAGCCGGACCCAAACAUCAAAAAUAAUGCAGCAAGUGAAGGGGUGUUGGCCAGUUUCUUCAACAGUCUGUUGAGUAAAAAGACAGGCUCUCCUGGAAGUCCUGGUGCUGGUGGGGUACAAAGCACAGCCAAGAAGUCAGGACAAAAGACUGUGUUGUCAAAUGUUCAGGAAGAAUUGGAUAGAAUGACUCGAAAACCAGACUCCAUGGUAACAAACUCAACAGAAAAUGAAGCCUGAUCCUCCUUAAAACAUGCAUAUGUCCAAUGACCAAAUAACUAUGUAUAUUGAUCUGCUAAGACCAGGAUUUUUCUGAUACGGCACAUGCUAUCAGUUUUUGGGGGCAGGGGAGAUGAACUUAAAAAAAAAAAAAAACUUCAUUGGCUUAUCUGAGUGUGAAAUGCACAUUUAGGAAAGUUAUAUGUCAGAUCCCUUUGUUAAGGAUAACCCUUGGACACUUGGGCACAUGGCUCUCUCGAGGGAGGCAAGCACAGCUGGGCUUCUUAUGGAGAUGAAGGUAAAGUGAGACAACGAGGACCCACUUUCUGUCAGGGUGGAGCAAAUGAGUAAAUCAUUACUCUGGUGGUUAGUCUGACCAGUUUCAUGUUAGCAAAUUCACUUGUUCCUGGGAAGCAGAUUAAAUAGCAGAAAGUCCAGGAAAGAGAAUGACUAAAAGGAGGAAUGAGAGAAGUGAUGGUGGGGAAGCUGAAGGUUGAUGGAGGGAGAGGAAGGAGAUGAGCAGUGUUAGUAAAUACUGUGUGUUCAGUAGAAGUCAAAGAAUCAUUGUUGAAGACUUAAAAUUAGAAGCAUUUCCAAACUAAACAUGAAGCAAAAUGGGAAUUAGACUUGUUCUGAUUGCAUCUUUACUUUUUAUGAAAGAUGUGUUGAUUGUGGGAGCACCUGAGUCCAGUGGAGCUGACUCAGGGCAGGAACAAUGGCAGCUGCCCACCACCCAUGUGCUUGGCCCAGGCUUUGUCCUCAUGGGAGGUGCUAGGCUCCACGUAUGUUCAUCAUGGAGCAGACAGUCACUGUGGGGUAGGUUCUAAGUCAGCAGUUAUAAAAUUAGUUUACUUUAAUUUUUUUUUAAUAGCUCUUGAUUUUUUUUUUUAAGUAAAAAAAAGUAACUUUUUUUUUAACUACCACAGGCUGGCCUACUAAUAGAAAAUGAGUGAUUGACCUCUCAUUUUGCCAUAAUGCAGUGUGGUACAGAAAGUUUGGGGGAGGUUUUUAAUGCAAUUGCACUCUGGUUAAUUGGUUUGCACCAGUCUGCCUUAUAAUCUGUGGGAAUCUUCACGGAGUUUCAGUGAUGCAGAAGGGUCUUGUCCUAACUCCCUGGUGCGAUGAUUGCUAUCAGAUGGACAAAUAAGUGUGAAUGUUUUAUAUUGAAAAUGGAAAUGACACAUUUCUCAUGUAUUUUUCAUAUAUUGUAGCUUUUUUUUUUCUUAAGGAAGUAAGAGUUUUCAGGUGUCUCCCCACUUAGGGCACAUUCAUGCAUCGUGAAUUGUCACAAUUGUCAUGUCACACCACCAUCCUGGAAAUGACUUUUGUGGAUUUGAAAUGGCACUUUUAAUUUUAUAUAUGACACAGAGCGUUUAAAUACAAACACUACCGUGAAGUUAAUGUAUAAAAUUUUGUUGUCAAACCAAGGGAAAAAAACCACAGUUCACUAUGUGGAGUUUACUUUUUUUUAUAUGAAUGUUUGUUGUACUGUGUCUGAGAAUAACUUCCCUAAUGUCAUUGCUUUUACAUACCUGAUUGACUGACCACUAAUGUAGUACUGGGUGUAACUUAAAUAUCUUUGUCGUAUAACAACUGUUAAGAUUGUCUUGAAUUGCUUUUGUAAAGGUCUGAACACUGUUAAGGAGAAAGCUGAGUAUUUACUUGCCUUUCUGACGACAAAAACACAUUUCUUGUGCCAGUUUUAUUGUUGAAAUAUACUAUUUUUUCCUUUUUUAAUUCAGUUUUUUUUUUAAAACAAAUGUAUUAUUGCUUCCAAUUACCAGAUUAUCUAGGUAAUGACGGUAAACUGACUGUGGAAUGAUAUUGUGGUGUAGUGACCAAUAGAUGUCAUACAGCUUGUGGCCACACUAAAGGUGGGUCACUUAAUCUCUCUCUAGCAGCUGGGGCAAAAUAAGUAACCUCAGAAACAAGAAGGACUUCUUAGAAAGGCACAUGCCUAAGAGGGAUACAGUGUGAUUGUAAAUUCUAAUGCAAAAUUUUAAUUUUUUGUUUAUUUUUUGUCAUUUAAACUGAUAAGCACUUUUUGUGUCAAUAUAAAAUGUACUAAACCUUUUGAAAUGUUAAGACACCUGUCUUGUGAAGGAAGGUUUCUUGGAGACCACUUUUAUUUUCUCAUGACAAGUGGGUGCUCCUGUUAUCAGAAGAAACUGAUACAUAGUGUCAUGUGCUCAGUGGUUGCCAAAGUCUACCAACUUUGGACUACAGGGUUCUUGGGGGGGGGUGAUUUUUGUUAUUUUGGGGCUUUUAAGCAUUGGAACCAAAGGCCGAAUAAUGAACAGCCUUUACUUUUUAAAGUAAAAUUCAUUUUAUUUGCAGAAUACAAUUGUAUGGUAGACUGUUGAAGACAAUUUUAUGCCUAUUUAUACACAUCGUAGUGAUUACAUCUGUUGUUUGUCUUUAAAAUUUAAAAAAAUUCAAAGAAAAAUAAGCCCAACUUAGAAGAUGUGGCCCAGAUAAAGGCCAUGAAUUGGUCUUUCCUACAAAUAUAACAGGUAUGCUGCUAGAUUAUUUUAUUUUGUUUGCACUUUUUUUGAUUGGCAUUUUAAAAUCAGUAUUUAAACUAAAGACAUUAUCGUGUUUUAUUAAUUUAAUGAAGUUGAAAGUGACUGCUCUGUACAUCAUGACCUUAACAAUGUUGAUGCUGUAAGUGAAAGUUCACUGUCUAUAUACUAAGUUUAUUGGUGUUUUUAACUUAAAAUUAGGACUGCAGAUUGUUCCCCACCAGCCUUAGUCCAGGGGUGUGGCUCUAUCCAGGUGCAGUAUGCAGUCAUGUGGAACCUUGCUUUCUAGUGCUGGAAAAAAAAAAGAUGUCUCUAAUUUACUGGCUUCAAUAAACAUGAAUCCAGACUGCUUA